GCUGUUCUUCGUUACAUGUGCAGCGAUAACUGGAAAUAACCUCGUAUCACAUGCGAGAAGCGCGAGUCAAUGCAUUCGUUCGGUAUUAUGCGGUUGCCGGGUUAUAACUAUUUAUAAAACCAGCUCAACUGUGUAUGCCCUUUGAAAUGCUAGAGCAAACAUUAUUCACGACUAAUCGGACAUGUUUCACCAUUGCGUUUUCCGAAACUGAUCGCGAUUUUAGAAACGUCUUCUCUUCAAUGGAGCAGUUCCUUUUGUGAGGAUUUAAAUUGCCAAAAUACAUCAUAAAUUAUGGCUCUUCUUGGAGCACAAUUGGUCAUCACCCUUAUAAUGGUCAGCACCAUUCAAAAAUUAAGUCCACAUUUUUCCUUUGCAAGAUGGAUCUUAUGUUCCACUGGACUGACACGAUAUCUGUAUCCGACAGAUCAACAACUUAGAGCUUUAGCUGGUGUACCCAAAGAGAAACCAAAGAAAGGAAAGCACAGCGAGAAUGGCAAAGUGGGAGAUGUAUUUCAUAUCCCUAGAAAUCUAGAUAUCAAGCUUGAAAGUGCAAAAGUAACAAAGUAUGAUAUAGUACACUUGAAAUAUUAUACAGAAUAUCAAUGGCUAUUGGAUUUUUCUAUAUAUGCUACUAUUGUUUAUAUAUUGACAGAGGUGUACAACUAUUUUUACCCAAUUAAAGAUGAGAUCAAUCUCAGCAUACUAUGGUGUUCAUUGGUUCUGGGCUUUGCAUUUAAAGUACUGCUUUCCCUUUGGGUACAAUAUUUCAAGGGUGAAGAAAGUGUAGGUGAAAGGUCAACGUGUAUUGUUACCGGAUUUGGAUAUCUCCUCAUUGCUAUGAUGGUUUUUAUAAUCGAUGAAGAUAAAUUGGAAAUUGGAUUGGAGAAGGCAUAUACGAGUUUCAAUCAUAGUGCGUCUUUGUUUUUAGAUAAUCAAGGACUUUCGUCGACGGGGCCAGCUUCGAAAAUUGUUGUAAAAUUUUUCCUUGCUAUAUGGUGUGGCCUGCUGGGAUCUUUAUUUACUUUUCCAGGAUUAAGGGUAUCAAAAAUGCAUUGGGACACUUUGAAGUAUCAUAAAGAUAGCAAAUUGUUGUUACUGAUAGCAAAUAUCAGUUAUGCCUCACCUUUUCUAUUAGUGAGCUUAUGGAUUACUCCGAUAAGCAGGGAUUACUUAACUGUUCGGAUAUUUAGUGGCAUGACUGGCCCACUUAUGACAGCUGCAACAUUUGAAAGUAUGAGAUUGGUUGCUGUUGUAGUCACUGUUUUAUUGAAGAUUAUACUCAUGCCAAUAUAUUUGCAGUCUCAUUUAAAUCUAGCUAUCCAAAGAUUAGAAAUUCAGAAAAAGGAAGCUGGCAGAAUAACCAAUGUCGAUUUGCAAAAAAAGAUUGCGGCUGUUUAUUACUAUCUUUGUGUGGUAGCGCUACAAUUUGUUGUUCCCAUAAUUAUAUGUUUAUUUUUUACAUUUUUGUAUAAAACACUCGGUGGGUUUACCUGGGAAGGCAUCUUGAAAGGAACACUAGAGGAAGAAUGUCCGGCGGACGAAUUACCGAAGUUCGUAUCGCCUACAAUUAAUAAUGAUAAUAUCGAUAAGACUGUCGUACAAACUGCUGAAGAACUUCAACUUGCAUUAAGUUCAUUAAAGCAGAUAUUUACAACAGAUGUUUACAGAGGCGUUCUAGGAUUAGCGACAUGGUGGAGUUGUUUCGCGUUAUUUGCUACUACCGCUAUGGGCAUGUUUUAUCAAUCGUAUUUCUCGAACAUAUGAAAGGGUUGGUUGGAAAAACAUUUAAACGCGUCACAUCGCACAAAUUCUCAUUAAAUCAUAACUCAAUCAUUUGUUAUUAGACAUAGCAUUACCCAUCGAGAUACGUAUUUUCAGAUUAUCUAUUUUAACGUAUGCCUAUCGCUAAACGAUUAAAAUGUCAACUUUCAAUAAUGUGAAAUUUUGUAAUGCACAUAGCAAUAUGAAUGAUAGCGCAAUUGUAUUAUAAAUAAAGACAUCCUGGAACUUGAAGCAGAAUGUCUCUAAUAUCGACAUUGUAGUUAAUAUAACAUUUUAAUGCAUUUUUACAAUAUAAAAAUGAAAAAGAAGUUUAAGUUA